UCUGACUCUCAAGGAGUUGUCAAGAGCAGGAGAUGAGUCAAGAAAGAGGGGGGAGACAAAGGACAAGAGUGUAGAAGAAGCCACGGUAGCCUGGUCAGGUGGAAAGAUAGGGUGGGUGGAGGAGGACGGAGCGGAGGAAAGGAUGGGGCCACAGCUAGCACAGCAUAAUAAGCCAGGGCUGCUUGGUUACCUUCCAAACAAAGCUGCUGAUUUGUUGAAGCCAAAACAAGAGGAGGGGAAACAAGAAACAGAUAGGAAAGAGGGGGAGGACAGAAAGAGAUGAGGUGAGUGAUUGUGCCUUGCCACACUGACUUGAAGUGCAUUCUCCCUUGGAGACAGUAGCAAUGGUGGAGCUUUGCAUACCAGUGCAACUGUAGAGUCUCCACUUCACUGCACUCCCACUGAGCUGUGUAACUACCCGGAGAGAAGGACAGCAUCAGGAACCGUGAGGGAGCUGGGCUGGACAGUUCCAGAAAGUCUGGACCAAAGACGAAGAGCUGGUCUGCUGACAGGAAGGGGGCUUUUUAAGAGGAGACGAAGUGUGGAGUCAGCAUUCUGAGGAUGCACCGAGGUAGCAGAGGGAGCUGCUGAGUGUUCGGCUUCUGUACCCGCAUUCACACACCCACACACACCUUCCACGGGAGGACUGUGUGUGGUGUCCCCAGUAGAGGAUGAAGAAGCACUCGGCCCGAGUGGCUCCUCUCAGCUCAUACAGCACUCAGGUCCUGACCUGCCCCAACUCUGAAGGAGAGGAUGGUUCAGACUCUCGUCCAGAGACCCCAGGCAGCGGGACCAGCAUAGAGAGUUGGUCCUACAACACCUGUGCCAGCACAGCCCUGAAGGUGCUGGGCGGUCUUCUGUUGGUGCUGUGCGUGUCCUCCUCCUGGGUGGGUACCACUCAGGUGGUAAAGCUGACCUUCCAGUCUUUUUCCUGUCCCUUCUUCAUCUCCUGGUUCAGCAGCAACUGGAACAUCCUCUUCUUUCCCAUCUACUACUCUGGACAUGUUUUUACCACAGGCGAGAAGCAGACUCCCAUUCAGAAAUUUAGGGAGUGCAGUAAACUCUUUGGAGAGGAUGGAAUGAGUCUCAAGCUUUUUGUAAAAAGGACAGCGCCCUUCUCCAUCCUGUGGACACUGACUAACUACCUGUACCUCUUAGCCUUGAAGAAACUGACCGCCACCGAUGUCUCUGCCCUCUACUGCUGCCACAAAGCCUUUGUCUUUCUCCUCUCAUGGAUCAUCCUCAAGGACCGGUUCAUGGGUGUUCGGGUCUGUGUGAAAUAUAGAGACAGUUUAUGCACCUGCAUGUGUUUGGCUCUGAUGGCUCUUAUUCUCUGUCAACAGAUUGUUGCAGCCAUAAUGGCCAUCACAGGUAUUGUCAUGAUGGCUUAUGCAGAUGGUUUUCAUGGUGAUUCCUUUGUGGGUGUGGCACUGGCUGUGGGCUCCGCCUCGACUUCAGCUCUCUAUAAGGUUCUUUUUAAGAUGUUCCUGGGCAGCGCCAACCUUGGAGAAGUUGCUCAUUUUCUUUCAACAAUGGGCUUCUUCAACCUUAUUUUCAUCUCUUGUGUUCCCCUCAUACUCUACUUCACCAGGGUGGAGCACCUGGGCUCCUUGUCCUCACUACCCUGGGGUUACCUGUUUGGACUGGCAGGACUGUGGCUCGUCUUUAAUAUUCUGGUCCAUGUGGGAGUGGUGCUGACUUACCCCAUCCUCAUCUCCAUCGGAACACUGCUCAGUGUGCCAGGUAAUGCAGCUGUAGAUGUUUUGAAACACGAGGUGAUCUUCAGCGUGGUGCGUCUGGCAGCCACCUGCAUCAUCUGCCUGGGGUUUCUGCUCCUUCUACUGCCGGAGGAGUGGGACUCAGUCAUCCUUCGAUUCCUCGCCAACAUUGCUGACAAGAAGUCAGAGGAACAUGGAGAGGAACUGACAGAGUCCAGUGGCCAGACUCGAAGUCGGAGUCAAGCAAACGGCACCAUCUCCAUUCCCUUGGCAUGACACGGCUGGAUACACAUGUUAACAACAGUUAACAAAUCCUUUCUGUUUCAUCUCUGUGGCUCUGAUAGGAGGCUAAGUCCAUGUGGACGUCUAAUUCGGGAGGACAGGACUGACUAAAUUGAAAUGUAAUCUUUGCAAAUGUAACCCUGUCACUUCACAAGGGAGGAGGAGAACACCAAUGGAUCAUGAAAACCAGAAAAAGGCUGAAAGUGGUAUUUACUGUCUGGAAAUAGUUGCAAGGCUCCAUCUUAUGUCCUGCACGCACCAAAAGCAAGAGCUGACUGGCUUCUCCUGACAUGCUCUGCAGAAUGUAUUCUGUGAAUAUAAAUUUUGGCAGGGCCAGUUUGGCUCAAAAUAUUUAUUUUAAUUUAAAUCUGUUCCAACCAGAGUAUUGAUUUUAAGUUUGAGCAGUUUCACUGACAAGAAUGGCAAUUAUAUUAUGCGUAAUGCAGAAGCGCUUCUGGUUUUAUAAUAAAACACUUUACCAAUUGAA